AUGGGUGCUCAAGUAGUAGAUUACAGAGUAUCAACCCUAGUCGUUCUUUGCAAGGAUUGUGGACAUGAUGUUGGAUUGUAUCCAGCUCGACACAAGUGUCAGCCUGUCGAGAGACCUGCUAUGCCUGCUUUACCGGCUCGAUACACCAAAGAAAAGAAGCUCAACAUACCGGGAUCACUAGAAUUGAGCGCUAGAACCAUCUCUUCGGGAUCUUCGUCUUCUAUGGCAUCUUCACCGAGCCCCAGCUUCUCAUCAGCGGAAACACCUACCUCCAAAUGGUCUUCCAGACUCCAAAACAAUAAUAACAAGGCAGACGACGAUAAUGAAGAAUCUGUAUAUUUCAACAACUUUGCUGCCAAUCUACCCGAAACCAACGAAGCCUCUGGCAAGAAAUUGUGGGGAAAGGUGCGACAGAAUGAAAAAUGGAAGCAAUUGAGCGAAAAAAACGAGAAACCUAAGCAAACCGGAAAACUGUGGGGAAAACUGAUCCAGGCCACCCAGAACAUGGCUGACAAAAUUCCAGCCCGAGACGAUCGUGGAGCAGAGUCGGAUGAAGAUGAUUGGGAAGGAGAGACGCAUGUGUCCAGAAUUCUUCGAGAACACUAUGAAAAGAAGCGUCAGCGUCUCCCGGACUGGCUCUUUGACGAAAAUGUGCCUGUGUCGAGAAAGUCAUCAUCGUCCAACAGAAGAGGCCAUGACCAACAAUCACCAGUGCACCCACAGCAACAAACAUCAGCAGCAGACGGCCCUAUGAGAACACCUUCCAGAAGAAGAUUAUGGGAGCAAAACCCACAAGAUGCAAAGAACAUAUCUAGCAGGGAAAGAGAAAGACAGGAAUUGCGUCAAGCACAACCUCCUAUGCCACCACCCUCAUCAGGCUCUGAAAAUCGCAGUCGUUACAGUAACAGAGACCAUUAUUAUAACGAGGAUCGUGAUAACAGCAACAGUAGUGGUGGUCGUUACAGUAAUCAUAGAGACACCUAUGAAGAAGAUCGAUACAGCAACAAUCGCCAUUAUGAAGACAAUUACGAUCGCCGUAGUCAACCCACAAGAGAAGACGACAGAUAUUACGACGACAGAUACAGGAGCAACCACAGUAACCGCAGAGAUGAUUAUGGCCAAGGCAGGGAUCGCUAUGAUGCUCCUCUAUCUCCUCAAACAAGAGGUAGUCGAGACCAGCCUCGUUAUUAUGAUGAUGACCAUCGUUAUCAGCAACAACCGUCAGCACAUCGUCCAUUAUCUCCUCUUCAGAAGCAAAGUUCCAACAGCACAAGUCGCCCAAGGUACCAUGAAGAGGAUCGUGGUGGCUAUUAUGACACAGCACCGGUCAAAAGUGAAAGGAGUGCAAGAGGUUAUGGUGACAGAUCCAAUCGCUAUGAUCAAGGCCCACCCGUAGCAGCAGAUUAUGAUGACUACUAUGAUACGCGAAGAGUGCCUUCACAAUCCAGGGAUCGUGCUGCUCGUUACCAGGACCAUGACCCUCUAGAAAUGAGUAGACGGGAGCCAUCGAUUCGAAGUGGAGGUCAUCGUUAUGGCAAUGAUCCCAGUUACUUUUAG